AUGGAGGAGCAGGACCCAGAAGGAAAUGGACCUGCCAAGGGAGCAAGGAAAGGCCCCCAUCCUGUCCAAGCUGGGAGUGGUGUUGAAUCCUGGGAGAGAGCUGUGCCAGAGAUCUGGGAUCAGGAGCCCCUGAACUCAGAUGUACAUUGCCAACGCUUCUGGCAGUUCCGCUACUGUGAGGCCGAUGGGCCCCGAGAGGUUUGCAGCCAGCUCCAUGGACUUUGCAACCACUGGCUGAAGCCGGAGAGACAUACCAAGAAGCAGAUCCUGGACCUGGUGAUCCUGGAGCAGUUCCUGACCAUCCUGCCCCAGAAAAUGCAGAGCUGGAUCAGAGGAUGCGGGCCAGAGACCAGUUCCCAAGCAGUGGCCCUGGCUGAAGGUUUCCUCCUAAGUCAGGCAGAGGAGAAGAGGCAGGCAGAACAGAGGUGGGAUCCAUCCGUGAAGAUGGAAGCUGAGUUCUCUGAAACAGAAAGAGCUCCCUUGGAGGAAGGGCAGUGGGCCCAAUCCCAGGAGUGUGCCCAAGAUGCGCUCUCACGCGGCAGUGAAGAGACACUGUUGAUCCGUUCUCUUUGCGGAGGUGUGGAAACAGCUGCUGCACCUCCAGUCCAGUCUCCAGUUUCCUUUGAGGAGGUCGCUGUGCAUUUCACUGAGGUGGAGUGGGCCCUGCUGGAUCCGAACCAAAGAGCUCUCUACAAGGAAGUCAUGCUGGAGAACUACGGAAGCGUGGCCAAAGCUUUUGAAUGCUCAGAGUGUGGAAAGAGAUUCAGUCAGAGUAGCGCUCUUCAAACGCAUUUAAGAACCCACACUGGGGAGAAACCUGUUGAAUGCUCAGUGUGUGGAAAGAGAUUCAGUCUAAAUAGCCAUCUUCAAAGGCAUCUAAGAACCCACGCAGGGGAGAAACCUUUUGAAUGCUUGAAGUGUGGAAAGAGAUUCAGUCACAGUAGCUCUCUUCAAACACAUUUAAGAACCCACACAAAGGAGAAACCUUUUAAAUGCUCCGAGUGUGGAAAGAGAUUCAGUCAGAGUAACCAUCUUAAACUGCAUCAGAGAACUCACAAAAAGGAGAGACCUUUUGACUGUUCGGAGUGUGGCAAGAGAUUCAAUUGCAGUAGCCAUCUUCAGCGGCAUCAGAGAACUCACACAAAGGAGAGACCUUUUGAAUGCUCAGAGGGUGGCAAGAGAUUCAGUGACAGUAGCUCUCUUCAAAAGCAUUUAAGAACCCACACUGGGGAGAAACCUUUUGAAUGCUCAGAGUGUGGAAAGAGAUUUAGUGACAGUAGCUCUCUUCAAAAGCAUUUAAGAACCCACACUGGGGAGAAACCUUUUCAAUGCUUUGAGUGUGGAAAGAGAUUCAGUGACACUAGCUCUCGUCAAAACCAUUUAAGAACCCACACUGGGGAGAAACCUUUUGAAUGCUCGGAGUGUGGAAAGAGAUUCAGUCAGAGUAGCGCUCUUAAAACGCAUUUAAGAACCCACACUGGGGAGAAACCUUUUGAAUGCUCUGAGUGUGGCAAGAGAUUCAGUCGCAGUAGCCAUCUUCAACUGCAUCAGAGAACUCACACAAAGGAGAGACCUUUUGAAUGCUUGGAGUGUAGAAAGAGAUUCAGUCAGAGUAGCCAUCUUCAAACGCAUUUAAGAACCCACACUGGGGAGAAACCUUUUGAAUGCUCAGAGUGUGGAAAGAGAUUCAGUGACAGUCGCUCUCUUCAAACGCAUUUAAGAACCCACACUGGGGAAAAACCUUUUGAAUGUUCAGAGUGUGGAAAGAGAUUCAGUCAGAGUAGCGUUCUUAAAACGCAUUUAAGAACCCACACUGGGGAGAAACCUUUUGAAUGCUCUGAGUGUGGCAAGAGAUUCAGUUGCAGUAGCCAUCUUCAACUGCAUCAGAGAACUCACACAAAGGAGAGACCUUUUGAAUGCUUGGAGUGUAGAAAGAGAUUCAGUCAGAGUAGCCAUCUUCAAACGCAUUUAAGAACCCACACUGGGGAGAAACCUUUUGAAUGCUCAGAGUGUGGAAAGAGAUUCAGUGACAGUCGCUCUCUUCAAACGCAUUUAAGAACCCACACUGGGGAGAAACCUUUUGAAUGCUCAGAGUGUGGAAAGAGAUUCAGUGACAGUCGCUCUCUUCAAACGCAUUUACGAACCCACACUGGGGAGAAACCUUUUGAAUGCUCCGAGUGUGGAAAGAGAUUCAGUCAGAGUAGCACACUUCAAAUGCAUUUAAGAACCCACACAAAGGAGAGACCUUUUGAAUGCUCAGAGGGUGGCAAGAGAUUCAGUGACAGUAGCUCUCUUCAAACGCAUUUACGAACCCACACUGGGGAGAAACCUUUUGAAUGCUCCGAGUGUGGCAAGAGAUUCAGUAAGAGUAGCCAUCUUCAAACGCAUUUAAGAACCCACACUGGGGAGAAACCUUUUGAAUGCUCAGAGUGUGGAAAGAGAUUCAGUCACAGUAACUCUCUUCAAACGCAUUUAAGAACCCACACUGGGGAGAAACCUUUUCAAUGCUCGGAGUGUGGAAAGAGAUUCAGUUGCAGUAGCCAUCUUCAACUGCAUCAGAGAACACACACAAAGGAGAGACCUUUUGAAUGCUCAGAGUGUGGAAAGAGAUUCAGUCAGAGUAGCACACUUCAAACGCAUUUAAGAACCCACACUGGGGAGAAACCUUUUGAAUGCUCAGAGUGUGGAAAGAGAUUCAGUCAGUGUGGCAGUCUUCAAAAGCAUCAAAGAACCCACACUGGGGAGAAACCUUUUGAAUGCUCAGAGUGUGGAAAAAGAUUCAAUCAGAGUAGCGCUCUUCAAACGCAUUUAAGAACCCACACUGGGGAGAAACCUUUUGAAUGCUCGGAGUGUGGAAAGAGAUUCAGUUGCAGUAGCCAUCUUCAACAGCAUCAAAGAACCCAUACAGGGGAGAAA